AUGGUGAAAUUCUCAUCCGUGACAGCCCUGCUGUUUAUCUCGCGGGCCGUCGCCGACCCAAAACCCCAGUACCAGCCCCUCCCUUCGCUCCGAGACCAAGCCGCUCUCCAAGAUGAAUGGACAGCCCAGCGUAAAGCCUCCAUUCCGAGACUAUUGCAAAAGCACAAAAUAGACGCAUGGCUUGUACUUCUCACAUCCCACUCGCCAGGACAAAUCAGCCAGCGUGAAUACGCCGAAGACACCGUCUUCUGGACCCUCAAAUCAGCAACUCAAUUCUCCGCACGUCGCCGGACAACAAGCCUCUUCCUUGCAUCAACGCCCGACAAGUCCCCAACGGCAUACACCUGGAUCGACAACACGCCCCGAGUAUGGGAUGAGCUCAAAGCCCUCCUCGAGAAACACCAACCCUCCAGCAUCGCCAUUAAUGCUCAUCCCGAAAUCGCAUUCUCCAGCGGUCUCCACGCAGGUGAGUACGAAGCCAUUUCCACCGCCCUCGGCGAGGAAUGGACAUCUCGAUUCGUCGUCAAUCCCCUCUUAGGCGUAGAGUACAUUGGCACCCAACUCCCCGCUCGCAUUUCCUGGUACCGCAAGCUCCAGGAGACGGCGUGGGCCAUCAUAUCCGAGGGCUUCAGCUCGUCCGUCAUCACGCCGGGCAAAACCACCACGGCAGAUGUAGAGUGGUGGAUGCGGGACAAGAUCCAGUCGCUAAACUACACGACCUGGUUUCAGCCCGACGUGUCCAUCCUGUCGGAGGAUUCGCCCUGGCCGCAGGACAAUACGGACGAGCGGGCCAUUCAACACGGGGACUACCUGCAUGUUGAUUUUGGCGUCACGGCCAUGGGCAUGAACACCGACACGCAGCACUUGGCGUACGUGCUUUUCCCGGGACAAACGGAAGACAACGUCCCACAGGGGCUGAAGGAUGGUUUGAAAAAGGGGAACCAGCUGCAGGACAUGACGAGGAAGCACAUGAAGCCCGGCGCCACGGGGAACCAGGUCCUCAAGGCGAUUAGGGAGGAGAUGACCCAGGGGGGGCUCGAAGGCAAGAUUUACUGCCAUGCCAUUGGGGAUUGGGGGCAUUCUGCAGGUGCCGUAAUCGGAAUGACCAACUUACAAGACAGCGUCCCCGACAUAGGCGACCUCCCUCUCCUCGAUCACACUUGGUACAGCGUUGAACUCCUGGCGGAUCACUUUGUGCCGGAGCUCAACGCUUCUCUCAAAUUCCCACUUGAGGAAGAUGUUUACUGGGUUGAAGACGGCAAGGGGUCGGGAAGUUUUGAAUGGGUCUAUGGACAACAAACCAAAUUCCAUCUAAUUCAUACGACUGUGGGCGACAAAAACGGUGUCACAGAGGAGCUUUGA